AUGACUCAACAGCGAAUGACACGCCUCGCACAGAACACCUGGAAACUCCACGGCAAGGAAAUCAGCCUUGCAGGAGGUAGUGCCUUCUGUCUGUGCGAGGAAGUGUUGUGCGUGAAUCUCUUGCAGGAAGUGUUCGGGCGCAAUCGAGAGACCCUCCCCGCUUUCUUCUCGCGUCGUGAGGCUGCCUGGGUUCUGCCGGCGGCCGAAUUCGGAGACGAAAAUGCGUGUUCGGGGAAAGAUUGCGAGCGACUUAAAACAUCUUCAGAUCCUCCUGUUUCUCAUUAUCUGUCCGAGGAAGAUCCGGCGGGACCGCCUGCACUCAUCCCGAGCCUCGCAGGCCGAUGUGUCCUUCCGUUUAGUCACUCCCCGGUGCUGCAACGCGAGCUUGCCUCGAGUCCCUCUGCGGCUCUCGAGUUGAGAUUCUUUCCCAUGGAUGAUCCAACGUGUGGACGGCAUCGUCCUUACAUUCCUGACCGCCUUCAAAUCUUCUUCAACCCCCGCGUUCGAGCGCUGACAGCCCCGGGAAUGGACUCGACUCCCGUUUCGUUGAGGAAGCGAGGCGGCUGUCGGGAGGCUCUCUACGACCCCGUUGUCCCUCACUUGCACCCAAAGCCUCCCCUGUAUCUCUCCGAUAUCAAGCGACAUGCCAGGCUAAAGAGUGGCAUGAAUUAUGUUGUGGCUCGUGGCCAGCAUCGAGAAGGACGGCUUUUCCUCGUUCAAUUGGUUUGCUCUCUGCCUGUCGAAGAAAGCCAAUUGCUGGAGGCCAUCGUACAACGCCGAUCGCUACCUAUUCCAUACUGCACAGAUUUUCUGAAGUGGCUAGUCGCACAGAAAAGACAGCGGCGUGUCUCGACUUCAUCCGAUGAAGUGGAGAUAUUUGGCGACAGCCUAGGACCGAACCGACUCUCAGGCGAAGACAACCAUAGCGUCCUGGAAAGCCCUCGGAGUCGCCGAUCUUCUGUGAGUUUGGCGACGCUGAGAGGAACUCGAGGUUACUGUGUGAGAGACAACGUCCGGAAUGAGGAUCGCCGCGGUCAAGCGCUCAACGACAAUGGCAACCUAAAAGAGACACCGUCAGGACGCGGUUUCUGGUCGGCCAUCAUCGAAAGACUUCCAGGAUUCAGGCGGAAGAAAACAGAGUACGCCUUUCCUCACGAGCUCUACGUGGACACCUUGGUCCAGGAGAUUCUUCACAUGACCGAUUUCAGUCCUCCCAAGCGCAAAGCAAAGGUUGUAUCCUUCCACUCUGCCGAUCUUGAAAAAUACGUCGUCGAUGAGUGGUGCGAUGAGGACGAUUAUGAAGAUCUCGGUGUGGAACUCUCCGGCUGGUAG